AUGUUAUAUCCUCUAGAAGUUGAUGACAACGAAACUAUUCAACAGCCAACUCCGGAAACCCCAAUUCAGAAUUCAGAACCGGAGGAACCGAUUGCUACAAGAACCAGAAGGGCUACACGGAAACGAGAUGGAACCCGACCAAUUUCUAUGUCAAUAACGAAUUGUUUCAUUUUAAUAUCGCUGAUUCUCAUAACCAUAGUUAAAACAAACACCGCGCAAAAUUGCAAAUGGAUAUCAGAUGAAUUGCAAACAGCAUUCACUUUUAAGAAAAUUGAGAAGAUAAAGAACACGACUUGCAACUUUUCCAAACCUUAUCUCAUGAACGGGGAUAUUAUUAUCGAUGAAGGAUUUAAGCAACAGUUGAGACGAAGUUGUAAAAGCAGAAAUAACUUAUUACUUUUAAUUGCAUGGUUAUCGACUAGUAACCCAACCUUAGCAGCUAGAUUACUACUACAAAGAAGUGAUAUCAUAGCCAAAAGAGUUGAUAAUAAGUUAUUAGUGGCAUCUUGCAAUCCUAAAAGACAUAAAGUUAUCAACCUAAAGACCAAUCUACCAAAAACAGAAUCUCUCUGGACAGAAUUAGAUCAACAAAGAGAAGAGUUAAUUGAACCACUGACAGUACAAUUUGAGAAAACUGCUGAAACAAUAGAAGAACUAGCACACGUCAUAGCUCGUUGGAAACUCACUACUAUUAGCAUAUUCGGUUCU